AUACACACACCUCUUGUUUGCUGCACAUCACACCACCCUAAACCAAUUUCUUCAGAACUUGGAAACAUUGUCUGAACUCUGAAGAUCCUUAUGAGCCAGGGGGGUGUGUGUGUGUGAAACUUUCAACUUGUAAACUUAGCAACACAUUAAAUUUUAGUUAUACUCUCAAAAAGUCACCUCCUCCUAACAACCCUUGAAUCCAUAUUUGAGAGAGACCCUUCUUCCCUUUUUUGCUUUUUUAUGUUGAUUGAUUGAUCAUAAUCAUAUAGAAUUCAUAUUCAAACUCAAAUACUGCAUAUUAGAAUUUGAGUCUCGACUCUGAAGCCCCACUUGGGUUUGUGUCUCUAGUUAUCUCUCUCUGUGAUAGCAAGAUGAUUGAGAACGGUGGCAACAAGAAUCAUCAACAAACCUUUGAAGUCUCCACUGACACGCUUCCACAAGUAGGUUCCAAGUGCUUUGAUGAUGAUGGCCGUCUCAAAAGAACUGGAACGGUUUGGACUGCAAGUGCUCACAUAAUAACAGCUGUUAUUGGUUCUGGGGUGUUAUCUUUGGCUUGGGCUAUUGCUCAACUUGGUUGGGUUGCUGGUCCUGCUGUGAUGAUUCUAUUCUCAAUUGUGACAUAUUACACCUCAAGGCUUCUAGCUGCUUGUUACCGUACUGGUGAUGAACUCACUGGCAAAAGAAACUACACUUACACACAUGCUGUUAGAUCCUACCUUGGUGGGUCUAUGGUCAAGAUUUGUGGGUGGGUUCAGUAUGUGAACCUUUUUGGAGUGGCAGUUGGGUACACCAUAGCAGCUUCCAUUAGCAUGAUGGCAGUCAAAAGGUCUAAUUGUUAUCAUAGCAGCGGAGGGAAAAAUCCAUGCAAAAUGAACAGCAAUAUUUACAUGAUUUCAUUUGGUAUUGUGGAAAUUAUCUUCUCCCAAAUUCCAGAUUUUCAUGAGUUAUGGUGGCUCUCUAUUGUAGCUGCUGUCAUGUCCUUCACAUACUCAUUUAUUGGACUUGGCCUUGGUGUUGGUAAAGUUGUAGGAAAUGGAGGAAUUAAAGGAAGCCUAACUGGGGUAACUGUUGGCAAUGUAAUUGCUGGCAGCACUGUGACAGAAGCCAAAAAAGUUUGGAGGAGUUUCCAAGCUCUUGGCAACAUAGCAUUUGCCUACUCCUACUCUAUGAUCCUUAUAGAAAUUCAGGACACAAUAAAAUCCCCUCCAGCAGAGUCAAAGACAAUGUCAAAGGCUACAUUAGUCAGUGUUUUAGUCACGACCGUUUUCUACAUGAUGUGCGGUUGCUUUGGCUAUGCUGCUUUUGGAGAUGCAAGCCCUGGAAACCUUCUCACUGGUUUUGGCUUCUACAACCCUUACUGGCUCCUUGACAUAGCCAAUGUUGCCAUUGUGGUUCAUCUUGUUGGUGCAUACCAAGUUUACUGCCAACCCCUUUUCUCAUUUGUUGAAAAAACUGCGUCAGAAAAGUUUCCAAAUAGUGAUUUUGUGAACAAAGAAAUUUCAGUGCCAAUCUUUGGUUGCAAACCCUUCAAGUUGAACAUGUUCAGAGUGAUUUGGAGGACAAUUUUUGUGAUCAUAUCUACCCUGUUGUCCAUGCUCCUACCAUUCUUCAAUGACAUUGUGGGGCUUAUGGGAGCCGUUGGAUUUUGGCCCCUCACAGUGUAUUUCCCAGUGGAGAUGUAUAUAACUCAAAAGAACAUACCAAAGUGGACCACAAAAUGGAUAUGCUUACAGGUGCUUAGUGCUGCAUGCCUUGUAAUUACUUUAGUUGCUGCAGCAGGUUCAAUUGCUGGGGUCAUUGAUGAUCUUAAAGUUUACAAGCCAUUCACCAGCAGCUACUAAUGGAUUAGGAUAGCAUAUUGAUCACCAUUGUCAAAGAUUUCGUUAGCAAUAGAAAAAAAAAAAUUCUUACAUGAAAUCUAUAGGAAGGUGGUCUUGUUUAUUGCUCAUGUAGCCCUCUAUCUUCUAUUUCUUCCCUCUUUUGUUUUUUUUUUUAGUUUGUAACUUGCUCUGUAUUCCUAAUUUCCAAUGAGAAAUGGAGUAAAUGAAACAAAAGAUUUCAAAUUUUCAAAGCAACUCAC